CCACUUGACAACAUAUAAGGCAAAGCAGCUCCCACCCCUUCUCUUCUAAACAUAUUCACAAACAUCGUGUCGGUGAAUAUGGAUUUUCAUUCUAACUAUCACCCCUCUUUGUAAAAAAAAAAAAAAAAGAGAAAGAAAAAGAAAAUUUUCCAUCCAUAAGGAAUUAGUAUCGACGUGUUAGCUCACCCAAAUGACACCCCUCAUUCUCCAAGACUCAUUCUCCAAGACUCAUCACAGCAUCUCCUCUCUGCUCUCUUCCCAAUCCUAAAAACUAGUUGCUUUGCUUUCUUAAUUUUUUCCAUGAAAACUUGUCAAGAAUCCGAACCCUGAAUACCCUGUUGAAAGAGCAAAAGGAAUACAUAUUUUAAAACAAAUAUUGGGGUGAAGGGUUUUUUUUCUUGAGGGUGUUGAGAGAUCGAUGGAAAGCGGGGUAGACAAGGAGAUGGCGACAAGAAAGAGAGGAGGGAUGGGAAGUGAGAGGCAAUACAAGGGAAUAAGGAUGAGGAAGUGGGGGAAAUGGGUGGCUGAGAUAAGAGAGCCUAACAAAAGGUCAAGGAUUUGGCUUGGUUCGUACUCAACACCUGUAGCGGCGGCUCGCGCUUAUGACACCGCCGUUUUUUAUUUGAGAGGACCGUCGGCGAGGUUGAAUUUUCCUGAAUUUUUGGCUGGAGAGAAUUUUAGCUGCGGUGGAUCAUAUGGGGACAUGUCAGCUGCUUCUAUAAGGAAAAGAGCAACCGAGGUUGGAGCUCGUGUCGACGCUUUUGAGACAGCGUUAAACCACCACCACCACCGCCAUCACGAUGACCGUCAAAGAAAUAGUAGUAAUAGUACCAGUAGCAAUGAUAAUAAUGAAACGGUCGUUGAUAGUAGAGAGUUAAAAUCACGGCCGGUUGACUUGAAUAAGGUGCCUGACCCAGAGGAUUCCGAUGGAGAUGAGUGGGAGAGGAGUUUAGCCACCGGUGGUAAUCCGAUGGGUUGCUAACAUGGCCAAAAGGAGGUAUGUUAUAUGGCUGAUCAAAAUCAUGAAGCCUUAUAUGUGGAUUUAUCACUUUUAAUUCUAGUAUUUUACUUACUAGUCAAGUACUUGAUGUUUUCCCCUGGUUAAUUUUUUAGCUAGUUUUUAUUUUUAGUUGAUUAAACUUUUUUCCUUAUUUGAUUAUGGUAAUUUAGCAAAUUUUGGUAAGUGUAUAUUACUUGGUUUAUGACUCAAGGAUGUUUAUAUAUAUUAUUCUGUGUUUCCAUAGAAUAACAUAGGAUUCGAACUCGAUGCCUCUUUUGUUUUCUGUGAAGGUUGGACCCUGUAUUAAAGGACAAUCAGUUAUCCUUUCCUUGUUUUGUAUUCAUGGGAAAUGGAUGCAACAGAGAGAGAGAGAGAGAGAAAGAGAGAGAGAGAGAGAGGUCUGAGGAUUUCCCGACUAGGCAAGAUUUUCGUUUUCCUUUUCUUUGUUUGAGAGAGCGAGAGAGAGAGAGAGAAUAGAUGAAGCGCAGAGCUGGGGAACAGGAGGUGGCCUACAUAGCCAGCAGUUGGUGCAAAUAGCCAUGCUAACCACUAAAGUUAUAACUACUAAAGUUAAAAAAUUUUGAGUUAGGUAUUUUCUGGUUCUGCGCUGUUGCAUAAUUUGAGUUGUGGGCACCCCGGGGGUAAAGAGAGACAGAUGAGAGUGAUUGCUAUCGUACUAGUGCAAGCUGACUAUGGUCAUGGGGCCAACCUCGUGGGUUUUACUCUCUCAGAUUAUGUCAAAUCACCGCUCCCGACUUAGCAAGAAAAUUUGGCAUUCGCCAUUAAUCCCCCAAACCACUCAGAUCUUUUCGAGAAUCGUGUAAACAACUUGCCUGCCACUGCUAGACGGUAGAGGACAAGCAACUAGCUCUCCAUUAGCGGAUGGGUGUCUUGAUUCCUGCAUUGAUAAUCACUUAUCCUCUCCCAGAUAAUUUGCAAGUUGUGGGACACAUAAUUUCAGGUA